AUGGAAGAAAGUGACGAAGAUUUUUCAAGCGACGAUUUGGACUUUGAUGAUAAUUGGCUACCAAACGAUGAUCCUAACUCAGAUACCGACUCGGAACAUGAAGAUUUGAACGCGGUUGAUGCGGAAAUUCUAGAAGGUGAUGAGGAAGAGAUGCUUGAAGAAACCGAGGAAUCACCAACCCUGAUUGAUACAAGUGACAAUGUACGCUGGAUGGAGUUUUCUUCCCGCCAAAAAACCUUUACUUUCACUGGAAAGUCGGGUUUCCUAAUAGACGUGCCUUCAACUAUAAGCUGCCUUGAAGCCUUUUAUCUUUUUGUUGAUGAGGAGGUUAUACAACUUAUAGUUUUGGAAACAAAUAGGUAUGCGGAGCAGCAAAUACAUCGCGUUCCAAUAACUCGUGCAUCAAGAAAGAAGAAAUGGGUUCCCACAAACGCCACAGAGAUAAGAAAAUUCCUCGGGCUUUUACUGUGGAUGGGCCUCGUAAAGGUGGGAUUGUUGGAAGACUAUUGGUCGAAGAAAAAUCUUUACAAUUUUGGCAUUCCUGCUAAAACUAUGUCCAGAAAUCGGUUUCAACUUCUUCUAAACUUCAUUCAUUUUACUGACAACACGUCCAUAGCGGCAGGAGAUAGAAUUGGAAAACUAAAACCUCUUCUGGACAUGCUGCAGACGAAGUUUCAGAGGGUGAUUAUACCCGGAGAAAAUAUGGUCAUAGAUGAAACGGUAAUUCCUUGGAGAGGCAGGCUAGUCUUCCGACAAUAUAUACCAAACAAAGCCCAUCCUUAUGGUAUUAAGUUAUUCAAACUUUGCUCGACAGAAGGAUUCACUUGGUCUACUAAAAUUUACUCCGGCAAAAGCUCAACAGGUGUUCGAGAAGUUGGUUUGGCAAAAAAUGUUUGUGAAGAACUAAGUUCUUUGUUGAAAGGAGAAGGUCGCACUCUAUUUGUUGACAAUUUUUAUACGAGCUACGAACUGGCACGCUCCAUGCUUGACCAAAAAACGCAUGUAGUUGGGACACUUCGAGCGAACAAAAAAUUCUGCCCAAAAGAGGUUAUGAAUGCACAGCUAAAGAGAGGAGAAAUGGUUGCACGUGAGGAAGAAAACGGCAUUGUUGUUCUAAAGUGGAAGGACACCCGAGAUGUCAGGAUGCUAUCGACAAAACAUGCUCCUGUUAUGGCUGCCGUAUCUGACCAAUCGAUUCCUGACCCAAAUAUUCCAUCCACCAGUAGAGGCAGGAGAAUAAACCGACGCCAGGGAAAUCGUGAAAAGCCUCUUGCUAUUAUUGAAUAUAACAAAGGCAAGUCGGGCAUUGAUCUAUCGGACCAAAUGGCUUCAUAUGCUACAACACUGAGAAGAGGUCUCAAGUGGUACAGAAAAGUUGCCAUUGAAUUUUUGCUGGGAAUGGCAGUUGUAAAUUCUUUUUUAGUUUACAAAAAAGCCACGAAAAGUGUUAUGCAAAUUAGAAAAUUUCGAGAGCAGGUUGCUGAAGGAUUAUUGGACCUUCUUUCUCCACAACCCGUUGCUUCAAAGAAACAUUAUAUUGAAAAAAGAAAGGAUGCAAAUGGUAAAACCAUAAGACGGGCUUGCGUUUUGUGUUAUGCCCAAACAAAAAAAUCCUCUGAUAGAAAAACUGCUAGGAACAGCAUAAAAAGAACAACAACAUUUUGUCCAGAGUGCCCCAACAAACCCCAGCUAUGCGUUACUUGCUUUCCAAAAUAUUCACAUUCAAAAAGGUAAUUUACAUAAAAUAUCUCUUCAAAUUAGUUAAUUUCAACUGAUUUCUUUUUAGACAGUAAACCUGAAUCUUUGGGAAUUUUGAAACAAAUUUUAGAAUAAGUAAUAGUGAACUAAUAAAUUUUUAUUUUUAACUUAAUUUUUAGAAUGAAAUAAUAUUGUUAUUUUUUUAUUUUUUUUUCUGAAUAAAAAAAAGUUAUAAAAAUGAAGUAU